GCUCUGAAUUCAUGACAUGGCAACAAAAAUCAUCUACUUCACAGUAAAUGGGAGACCAGAGCAGGCUGAGUUUCCACUGGACUGUCCUGCACAGGAUGUCAAAGAUCUGUUCCGCUCUGCAGCCGAGGCUGGACCCCAUGACAUCCUGAAGCUGUACAACCCCAAAGGCAACAUCAUCAACAUCUCCCCAAGCCUGGAGCCCAACGCCCCCAGCUCCUGCUACAAGCUGGAGGUAGUGGCUGCCGACUGCAACAGCGAGCCGUUAGCUAAUGCCUCAGUGAUGGUGUGUGAUGUCAGACUGCAGGGCCUGGAGAAGAAAAUCGUGAUUGAGGCUGGGGAGACUCCUGCAGUUGUGUAUGAGAUGAAGAAACAGGUGGAUUCAUUCCGGGAGAAACUCGAGAGUGUUGAGCAUCUGAGCUGGCUGGGAUUGUUUAAAGACCUGUCAGAGGGAACACACAAGCCCUCCCCGUUCUACCACAAGAGAACGCUGCAUAAAACCAGGAAGGAGUGUGAGCAUGUACGGGAAAAGUUUCUUCAAAUGAGCUCCCUGGAGGUGUCUGAGGAGGUGAAGCAGUACCUAAAGACCCCAACCUUUGAUAACUGGCAGUGGGAGGAUGCAGAGAUCAUGGUGCUCCUGCAGGUCAUGUACACAGACUUAGAUUUCAUUGCAGCCUUCGACAUUGAGCCUGAGGUGCUGCAGCAGUUCCUGUUUGAGGUCUAUCGAAGAUACAACAACAUCCCCUUCCAUAACUUCAAGCACUGCUUCUGUGUUACCCAGAUGAUGUAUGGUUUGAUCUGGCUGACUGACCUGAAGAGUAAGAUGGACAGCAUUGACCUGCUGAUCAUGCUGACCUCUGCAGUCUGCCACGACCUUGAUCACACAGGAUACAACAAUGCCUAUCAGAUAAAUGCUCGGACUGAACUGGCUCUCCGCUACAAUGACAUCUCUCCUCUAGAGAACCACCACUGUGCUGUAGCAUUUGAGAUCCUGGAGAAGACAGAGAGCAACAUCUUCAGAAACCUACCCAUGGAUCAAUACAAGCGGAUCAGGGAAGGAAUCAUCAAAUGCAUCCUGGCCACUGACAUGACGAGGCACAAUGAGAUUCUCAACAAGUUCAAGUCCAUCCUACCGGCUUUUGACUUCACCAACAAGGACCACAGAGAUGUGCUGAUGAUGGUUCUGAUCAAAGUGAGCGACAUAUCCAAUGAGGCCCGGCCCAUGGAGGUGGCUGAGCCCUGGUUGGACUGUCUGCUGCAGGAAUUCUACAACCAGAGUGAUGUGGAGAAGUUAGAGGGUCUCCCAGUCACUCCGUUCAUGGAUCGGGACAAAGUCACCAAGCCUUCAUCUCAAACAGGCUUUAUCAGAUUUGUUCUGUUGCCUCUCUUCAUCGAGCUGGCCAACCUCUUCCCCUGCUUGGAGCAACACAUCAUCAACCCGGUUCGGAAGGCUCUGGAUUACUACACAGAAAUGGAGAAAGCACUGGAGAGAGAGAAACAGAACCGGGCUCAGAGUGACAAUGCAGCCAAGACUAAGGAGUCAACUGGUGGCCCUCAGAGCACAGCUGACACAGAUGCUGGGCCUAAAGCUGCAAAACCAGACACGCUGUGA